AUGUUGCAUCUUCCGAGUUAUUGCCACAUUAUCAACGGAUUUUACUUACAAAGCUUUAGUAUUUAUUUAUUAACUUUAUUAACUAAUUUUUUUUAUUAA